UUUUUCACUUUAGCGAUAUUAUUUAAAGUGUUUAACGUAGCGUUACUGAAAUAACCAAGCGAUUUUUAGCUUUCACCCAUUGUUUACCUGUAAAUCCUCUAGUAUUUAACUAAAUCUUCACCUUCUAUUGACGUAAUGGACAAAUUAUAGCACUUCAAAAAAGAAAAGUUUGUCUCAAAUACGUUCAUUGUACUUGAAGACUUAAGUGUCGUAACAACUUCUUUUCAUUACCAUGUAUUUGAAGUUAAUAAUUGCCGUUGUAUUAAUAUUAGUGAAUUUCCAGUAUUGUUCUUGUUCCCUUAAUAAAAGUGGAAGUUAUCUUGAAAUGGAAAAGAUCGAUUUUAAAGAUAGAAAUCAAAGGUUUAUCCAUUUUAAUACAGAUGACAGCGGCGUUAUACAAGUGGAAUUGGCUUUUAAUGUUCCUUUUAUAAACAUACCGACAAAACAAGCAUUUAAUAUGACCAAAGGUGCAAUGGCAAGUGUUAAUGUAGGAAGUAUUGUGUUGGCAGGAGUUGUUGUUGCGGGAGCGGGCUUUGUAUUACCUGCUUUAUAUCAUUUUAUAUCAGCAAAAGGAUCUUUAUCAUCAAAAGCAGAUCGGAGUGGUGAUUUUGGAAAUGCAAUUUGGAAUCGAUUGAAUUCAAGGAUGCAAGAUGUUUUAGAAGAAAACGAUUUCGAUAAAUCGGCUUGUAUUCAAAGAGUCGCUUGUUGGAUUGUGAAAAAUUCUUCGACAAAAGUUUCUAAGGGAAUCGGGAACAGUGGCGAUAAAAUUAUCGAUGGUAUAUCAUCAAGUGGAUUUUUUAAAGAUAUGAUACAAGAUACUUUUUUGCAUCAUCCCGUUAAAUUGGGAUUAAAACGGGGGAGUUGUGCGAAAGAAUACGGAAGAUGUAAAUUUAAUCAAGAAUAUUUACAAGAAAUUUUUAUGAAGGUUGUACAUAUUUAG